AUGCUCUUGACAAGCCGCGUCGCUCAGCAGCUGCGCUCGGGCCCAUCGCGACGUCCAGCGCGGACAGGACAGCGGAGGGCGGGUGGAAGGAUGGCGCCACAGGCGGUUGCAACGGCCUCGCCUGACGAGCUCGCAAGAGCGAAAGGGUAUCCGUACGACCGGCCGGACUCCUCGUUCGUGUUCAUCAACGGGAACGCGUACUGCUUCCCUGACGCCACCUGGCCUGGGACCUCCGGGCUGCUGGACCUACAGGUCAGCGACCCCACAACCGGCGCGGAAUGCGCGGUCCGCGACGUGUGCAAAGGACUCGACAUCACCUGGGAGCCUCCCAGCGACGAAUCCGGCUGGACGCCCGUGCUCGCCAUCGGGAGUAACGCAGGGGUGGCGCAGCUGGCCCGAAAGUACCCCAGAGACCUCUUCCCUGGCGGCGUCGUCAUCCCAGUCGUCCAGAGUCUACUUUGCGACCUCGACGUGGUGUACGCUCCGCUCAUUUCGUCCUACGGGAGCGCGACGGCCACGCUCGAGCACGCCCCGGGGUGCACGACGCAGCUGUUUGUUACGUUCCUCGACGACGCGGCCCUCGCGCGCAUGCACGAGACGGAGGGCGCGUACCACCUCGUACAGCUCAACGACGUCGACCUUAAGCUCGGCUUCUCCCUCGCGGCGCAAGACAGGGGCGAGGCGCCCAGCGCCGCGCUGCAGACCGUGCUGCAGUACAACCACCAGAAAGGGACCCUGAAUCUUCCGCUUGGAGAGCGCGGCGCCCCGUCGCCGGUGGCCCUCGCGGAGAUCGCGUCGAGGGGCCGGACGCUCCCGGCGCUGGGGCAGAUCGCCAUGCAGCGCGCGGUCAUGGCCGCCGUCGGCACGCCGGCCCCCGGCGCGUCGCUCGACGACGCCCGCCGCUGGGCGCGGGACGCAGACGCCCGCGCGGGGUGCGAGGACACGGAGGCCCACGACGCGUGGAUCUCGCGCAACCUCAAGGACGACGAGCACCGCCGCGGCGUGGUGAAGCAGCUGACGGACAUGGCGCGGCCGUUCUCGUGGCCGAAUCACGACGUCAAAGAGAAGCUAGGGAACGUGUUCUCUGCGAACGUGAAGUGA